AUAACGUCAAGAAUAUCAAAACUAUGUUAUGGGUUGAAUAUGGAAUUUAUUGAUCCGCCCAAAAUUUCCCAAAAGGUCGUGAGCGGGAUGUUUCAGGGAAUCUCCACUGUUGAGUUGGACAACCUUGCAGCAGAAACGGCCGCUUAUUUGACAUGUAACCAUCCGGAUUAUGCUAUACUGGCAGCUAGAAUAGCAAUCUCUAAUUUACAUAAGGAGACGAAAAAACAAUUUAGCGCAGUAAUUCGAGACCUCUACAACCACACCCACCCUGCUCGCAAAAUACGCGCUCCCUUAAUAUCACAGGAGACCUUCGACAUUGUCAUGGAGAACGCCGAGCGCCUUAAUUCCGCAAUAAUAUACGACAGAGAUUAUAGCUACAAUUAUUUUGGGGUUGUGGAAAGACCGCAACAUAUGCUUAUGCGCGUAGCAAUUGGUAUUCAUGGGCGCAAUAUUGAUGCUGCGAUCGAAACGUAUAAUCUCAUGUCAGAGAAAUACUUUACACAUGCGAGUCCUACUCUUUUUAAUGCUGGAACGCCGCGUCCCCAGAUGUCAAGUUGUUUCUUGGUACAGAUGAAGGAAGACAGUAUCGAAGGAAUUUACGAUACUUUGGCAACAUGUGCUUUAAUCUCAAAAGCUGCCGGUGGCGUAGGCAUCAGCGUUACGAAGAUUCGCUCAUCCGGUUCAUAUAUAGCAGGAACUGGUGGUUAUUCGAAUGGACUUGUUCCCAUGCUUAGAGUAUUCAAUGACACCGCGCGCUUUGUCAAUCAAGGUGGUGGAAAACGGAACGGAAGCUUUGCGAUUUAUCUUGAACCGUGGCAUGCGGAUAUAUUCGAAUUCCUUGACUUGAGGAAGAACGUUGGCAAAGAAGAAAUUCGAGCGCGGGAUUUGUUUCUCGGUCUUUGGGUGCCCGAUCUCUUUAUGAAGCGAGUUGAGAAGAAAGAAGAUUGGGCAUUAUUCUGCCCUGCCGAAUGUACUGGCCUAGACGCAGUGCACGGAGAGGCAUUUGAAGAAUUAUACACUAAAUACGAGAAGGAAGGCAAAGCACGUAAAACCAUAUCAGCUUUGAAAUUAUGGUAUGCUAUUGUUGAUGCCCAAAUCGAAACUGGAAUGCCGUAUAUGUUAUAUAAAGAUACUUGUAAUUCUAAAUCCAAUCAGAAGAAUCUUGGAACUAUUACCUGUUCUAAUUUAUGUACCGAGAUUAUUGAAUAUACUGCACCAGAUGAAGUAGCAGUGUGCAACCUGGCAUCCAUUAGUCUGCCAAAAUUUGUUGACACAAAAGCGAAAACAUUUGAUUUCAAUAAGUUGCAUGAGAUAGCCAAAGCUGUAAUCAAGAAUCUAAACAAGAUAAUUGACCAGAACUAUUACCCAGUUCCGGAAGCAGAAAAGAGCAACAAGAAACAUCGACCAGUUGGACUCGGAAUUCAAGGCCUUGCUGAUGCUUUAAUACUUCUACGAUACCCGUGGGAAUCCGAGGAAGCACGUCAGCUAAAUUAUGACAUAUUUGAGACCAUGUAUCAUGCUGCUCUUGAAUCCUCCUGUGAAAUUGCAGCUAUAGAAGGACCUUAUUCCACAUAUGAAGGUUCGCCUAUAAGUCAAGGGAUUCUUCAUUAUGAAAUGUAUGGGAUCCAACCUUCCGAUCGAUGGAACUGGUUAGAGCUCAAAGAGAAGAUUAAGAAGCAUGGUGUACGGAAUUCCCUGUUGAUUGCUCCAAUGCCAACAGCCUCAACUAGUCAGAUUAUGGGCAACAACGAGUGUUUUGAACCGUAUACAAGCAAUAUAUAUCAAAGGCGUGUUUUGAGUGGAGAAUUCCAAGUUGUCAAUUACCAUUUGUUAAAAGAUCUAACGGAAAUGGGCGUAUGGGAUGAGAAAAUGAAGAAUGAGAUAAUUGCUGCGAACGGAUCGAUACAAGGCAUUGCCGGAUUAGAUGACAGUCUGAAACAAUUAUAUAAAACCAUCUGGGAGAUUCCGCAGAAAGUAUUAAUUAAUCUUGCAGCUGAUAGAGCCCCGUUCAUCGACCAGUCACAGUCGCUCAACGUGUUUCUUGCUGAACCUACGAUAGCGAAAAUUUCAUCGAUGCAUUUCCACGCGUGGAGAAAGGGUCUUAAAACGGGGAUGUAUUAUCUACGUUCAAGACCAGCUGUUGAUGCUAUCAAAUUUACAGUAGAUCAAGUGUCAUUGGCUAAGAGUAAAAUCAAUGGCAAUUCGACGAAAGAGGACAAGCCUCUAGAGGAAGAUAGCGAGAAGCAAAAAAUGGCGCUCAUAUGCUCGCUAGAAAAUCGUGAAGCGUGUGUUAUGUGUAGUGGAUAA